UUUUGUGCGGAGAGACUCUUUGCGUUUCUGGAGCAAUCCGCGCCAACUGUAACUACUACUUUUUACUCUACACACUUCACGCACAACGAUUUCGUUCAUGAAAACCUUACUGUGCUGAGAAAAUGUGCGAAUUGGGAUAGGGUUUAGGGUCUUGAAUCGAAUUGACGGAUAAUAGGGGAUUUUCAAGGUUGAUAAAAUUUAUGCACCAGGACCUGAAGCUGAGCUUGUAGUGCGGCAUGGGAUUUGAUAAUGAGUGCGUAUUGAAUAUCCAAUCUCUUGCCGGAGAGUGCUUUUGUCUGGUUUGUAGUCUGCUUGUCUACCCGAUGAAGCAUUGCAGUGACGGUGCACUCAUCUAUACUAGAAGCCAUGUUUGACAUACGUUGUGAGCCCUACCUGACAGUUCCCAUAUGACAGCUACUUAGUGACAGAAGCCGAUGCCAAGCCACUUGUCGAACCGAAUAAGACCCGCUCUGAAACCAUAGGAAAAGUAGCAGUUCAUUGCCUCUAUCACAGGAGUGGAUGCACAUGGCAGGGAGCUCUGGAUGUGCCUUUGGCAAUUCUCCUGUAGUAUGCAACAGGUGUGGAAUCCAAUUUGUGCUUCGUCAGGCGCAGGAGCAUGCACAAAAUUGCCCUGGUAUGCAGCCUCAAGCGCAGCAGGCUGAUGGUGCUUUGGACACUUCAGCUUCUGGCACAUCAGCCACUGCUGAUCAGACCCAGGCUGCCACUCAGUCAGGAGUAGCGAAGUCUCAGGUCCAGGUUUUUCAAAUUACAAUUGUCACUCCACCUGGAUCCGAUCCAGAUCAGAAAGCAAACUCUAGUUCUCAAGCUGUUGUUCAAGCUGCUGUGCAAACUGCUGAACAGUGGUACCAACAUCAGCAACAAUAUCAACAGUACUACCGGAAGAACUACGUUACCUAUCAACAGACAGCAGUUCAACAAUCACAGCAGCGGCAUUUGCAAUCUCAUCCACCAUACGGGACAGUCCAGCAUCAACCUCGGCCAUACUUGCAAUCUCGGCCCCAAACUCAACCUUCACUACGGGCCCAACUAUCUCAAUCUCAAGCUCAACCCCAACCCCAAAUUCAGCCCCCACAUGUGCAGGUUCCUGUUGCCUCUCAAACUCAAAAUCAGGCACAAGUGAACAAACAGCAGCAACUUCGCCCUGCAGUGCAGACUUAUCCAGCUGCUCGUAGGCAGCCACUCCCUCAACCUCGAUAUUUCCAAGCUCCAUCCCAUUCACAACCACAUCCUCAGCAUGUGCAAAUGCCUCAUAAUCAGCAGGCGCAAACUCAGCAACAUACCCACUCCAAGAUUCACCCGCAACACCAUCCCAUUUCUCAACCCCAACCUCAUCCACAACCUCAGCCACAUCCACAGCUUCAACGGCAUCCCCAGCCCCAUCCCCAACUUCACCCUUCUCAGCCCAUGAAUACUACCGUCCAGCCUCAGACACAACAUCCAUCAUCUCAUGCAGUGACUGGUAAUCACUUGUACCCUCAACCCCACCUUCACCAACCAGUGCAGUCAGGCGCCCCACAACAACGUACUAUGGACAUGCAAUCUCAUGGUGUACCUCACUCUCAGUCACAAACUCCUGUUCAAAUACAGAGUCAGCCCCCUCAACAACCCCAAGUCAUGCGGCUGCCCCCAUCUCAUAUUCCAAACCAGCAGCAGCCAGCUUUGCUGCCUUCUCCUGGUCAAAUCCGAAACAUUAAUCCUGCACAACAGCAGCCGGUUCACUCUUAUGCUCAGCAACCUGGGAAUACUGUUCAACAGCGCCCUCUUAUGCAUGCAGUUCAACGAUCGAUUCCUCGUCAAUAUCUCCACCAUCAGCCCUAUGUACAACAGCAACCACCUACACAGUUACAUCCCCGGGGUCAAUCUCAUUCAUUCCCUCUACAUGUUCAUGCCUAUACACAGUCUCAGCGGAACAUUGCAUUGUCUCAGGGCAUUCAACUUAGCCAGUCUAAUCUUGGCGGAUGCAGAAGGCCUAUGAUGCCAAUUCAUGGAGUACAAUCUCAGACCUCUGUACAAACUGCUGGAGGUCUUCACAUGAGGCCAGUGCAUCCUACUGUAAAUCUUCCAUCUACAAAUCAGAGCAAUAUGGUCAGAACAAAAAACCUAGUGCAAUCUGGAGCGAGCUGGAGACCAACCACGUCUGAGAGGCAUGCUGAGGAAGAAUCUGAGUCAUCAGCUCAGCAAAUUGCUAAAAAUGUUACACAUGAUGUGGGUACAGCAUCUGCUGUGGUAGGUGAUGCCGAGGUUAAAACUGUGAAAUCUGAUAUGGAUAUGAAGUCCAUUGAUAAUGAGAAUAAACCUACUGGUGAAGAUAAAACUAAUCAUGGUGAUACAUCUUCCAAGGAGAUUCCAGAUACACAUGCACUUGAAAAUGGAGAGUCUGUAAGUCAAUCAAUGUUGAAUGCAGUGGAUCAAAAUAAGGUACGAAAGUUGGGGGUGGCGAGAGGGAGGCAUUAUAGAGGGGUGAGGCAGAGGCGGUUUGGGAAGUUCACCGCUGAGAUUCGGGACCCAGCUAAGAAGGUAUCCAGAAACAGAGUGUCGCUUGGGUGCUAUGAGACCUCUGAGGAAGCGGCUUUGGCUUAUGACAGAGCCGCCCAACGCAUACAUGGCUCCAAGGCUUUGCUCAAUUUCCCAAUCUGACACACCAGAUUGCCUUGAACGAGCCUCCACCUGUCGGAGUCACCGGCAAGCUCAAAGAACCGGAGAAAGAGGCUGCCACUGCUUCAACAACGCCGAAAUCCAGUAAGAGGACCACUCCUUGGCGGCUGACCAUGAUCAUCAAGCAAAUGUGUUUCGGACAAUGCAAAAGAAUAGCUAGCUGAUCAUUAUAUUAGUUGUUCACAAACUCUACAAACAUCACUCUCUAGCUCUUAUAUUUUUCAGUACAGUUGUACCUUACUUAUUGCAGCUGACCCUCUCUUUCCCCGAGUAAGUGUAUAACAUCGUGUCUACUUUGUACACUUAUUCAGCUGCUUUUGUUGGAAUUUGUUCCUACUUAUAUGUAUAUGUGGUGGAAAUAUCUUUGUCUUUUCAAA